ACACAGGAAGAUUUUUAAAAAGCCGUUACGUUCAAAACGUGGAGGCCAAACCAACUGAGCGGAUGGUUCAGUGCAAACAGGUGAAUCAUGGGAACUACGGUUGCCACAAACUCACAUAUUUCAAGCAACAACAACAUGUCAUUGCAAGACAUGGUUUAGGUGCUGGCAAUGAUCUAAUCAAACAAGUACACCGUAAACAUAACUAGACAACAGCAGCAGCACACUAGAGAUAUCAAACACUCUGUUACCUUACCUUAACGCCACUGCGUGUUAUUGUGAAAGGAAGAGAUACCGUUUGAGAAAACAGAUUCAGUGAUAUGUCAAACAGGUUACUGACAAUCAAAAGGGUUUACAGAAACGCUCCCUUCACGCCGGAUGGAGGCCACGCAACGUCAGAUUGGAAACGUUUUGCACAUGUCCAGGGUUUCCCCCAGUGCAUUUCAAGCCUGGAGGGCCAUCAGGCCUCACUUGUGUCCCCACCAGGCUUAGCACUGUUUAUUUACUUAAAUCUUUUUAAAAUGUUUGCAUUUUCUAAGACUUUAUAGUUGGUGUUCAGGUAUUAAUUUUCUAAUCUUUCAAUAACAUAUUUAUUGAGUGAUAUUUAAAAAUUUCCUGUCAACUUUAAAUAUUUUAUAACUCAAAAACACGACGGGUUGAAACAAACUCUCCAAUGAUUCAAGAGGCUUGAUUAUUAAAAUUCCUCGAGGAAAAUUCCCUGCCUUGAAGCUUCAUUAACUUACAUUUUAUUAUUUAGCGCACUGUGUUCUGGCCGGGUGAUUAUUUAUGUUGCGCAGCGCUCUCACUUUUGCCUAGGAGUUGCUGGCAAAAGCUAAGUGUUAGCAGCAUAACGUCGGUUCGGUUCGGUACAGAAAAGUAAUUGUAGGGAUGCACAAAUAUGAAGAAUUGAGCCGAUGUUGAUAUCCAAUAGUAAUACUGCUGUUACAGUAAAAUUUAUCGAUAUUUUAUAUUAUAAACUUUUAUUCAAUUACUCGAUUAAUCGUCAGAAUAAUCAAGAGAUUACUUGAUUACUGAAAUAAGUGUUUACAAACAGUUCUCAUCCUGUUGUAAUCAUAUUUAGUUGUGUUGAUAAUUUUCUAAAUUAAAAAGUUUUAUUUAAAAGUAGAAAAAGUUACAGUCGCUAGUAUUACAAUUUUAAUCCGUAGGUGUAACAAAGAUUUUGGAUGCUGACUGAGAAGUGAGACUUUUCUCUGUUUAUUUCCAGUUCAGUCUGAUCAUAUUUACGGUUUUAUAAUAGAUCAAUAGAUGAAUAAGAAUAGUUAAAGUUUUGAUCACCUUUGAUAAUUCCAGAGGAGGAACUUUCAAACAACAAUCCAUAUGUUAUGGUAUAAAACAACUUCAAAGCAAAAAAAUAAAAUUACUUCUAUGGAGGAAUAAAUAUUUUUAGAAUAAAUCAAUAGUCAUGAAAAAAGAAUGUGAUGUUUAUGCGCUAAUUUGUGUUGGUCUACAACAUAAAGGACCAGAAAUACAAGAGAAAAAGUUCAAGUGUCGUGAAUAUUAACAGAAAAAAAAUAAAUCUUUUUUACAGUAAUUUAGUCCCAAAUGAUUAGCAAGCAGCCGGGUCUCCAGCCGGGUCUCCAGCCGGGUCUCCAGCCGGGUCUCCAGCCGGGUCUCCAGCCGGGUCUCCAGCCGGGUCUCCAGCCGGGUCGAAGGGAGACUUUUCUGCUCUGCAGACGAUCACAGGAUGAGGUGGAGGAGCUUCGCUGCGAGAUGCUGGAGAUGCGCGACAUGUUCCAGGAGGAGGAGGUGUACCAGCUGCAGGAGCUGCGGCUGCAGCUGGAGCAGGCCAGGAAGACGUGUCGCAUCCUGCAGUACCGCCUCCGCAAGGCCGAGCGGCGCAGCAUCCGGGUGGCUCAGACGGGGCAGGUGGACGGGGAGCUGGUCCGGAGCUUGGAGCAUGACAUAAAGGUUGCUAAGAGCGUCUCCCUCCGCCUCUACAACGAGCUGGAGGCGGUGCAGAAGAAAAACUCCCAGUUGGAGUGGGAAAAUGAGAUCCUGCGUGAGAAAACGCAGGAGCUGGAGGUCGCCAAGCAGGUCCUGCAGAGUGAGGUGGAGAAAGCCAGAGAGAGCACGUUGAAAAGGAGAAGCAUCCGAUCAACAGUCAGCAAGGCAGAGAAGAGACUUUCUCAGCAGAUUGAGGAGGACAGCACUGACCUGAAGUGCCAACUCCACUUUGCCAAAGAAGAGCUGGCUCUCAUGUGCAAGAAGCUGACCAAGCUGGUGUCAGACAGCGAGGCCAUGCGAGAGGAACUGGCCCGAUACCAGUCGACGUACGGAGGCGUAGACAUCCUCCCGCUGCCUGAGGGCAAACAGAGCUCUGCCCAUGCCAGGGAAGCAGAGGUCAAAGUUCAUUUGAAACUGGUGGAAGAAGAGGCCACGCUCCUGAGCCGCCGCAUCGUCGAGCUGGAGGUGGAGAACCGCGGCCUGCGAGCGGAGAUGUGUGACCUCAGGGAGAAAACAGGAGGAGGAGAGGAAGACGCUGCUGAUGAGAAUCCAUCGAUGACUGCAGCAAUUAAAGAUGGAGAAAUGAAGAACCUGCUAGAGAAACCAGAGGAAGGACAAGGGAACGCAGGGGGAGAGUCGCUCUGCAGCCAGUUGCAGACGGACAAGCAGGUCAGCGAAGGUCGGGAAGGUCCGGUGGGCGGCGAGCAGGAGCCUCCAUCCAGCCAGGAGAGAGAUGCUAACCAAGCAGCUAAUGCUACGCUUAAAGAGAUGGCUGCCAAAGACUACGAGUUUCUGCUUACUCUCAGAGAUCAUGCCUGCAUUUUAUCUUCAGCCAUUCAGGUUCUGUCGGUGCCGCCCAGAAACGGGCACAGCUCCCCUUCGUCGUUUCCCCUCACAUCUCCGAUGGACGUGACCCCAACCGUCCAGCCACAGCGACCUCUAACGGAAACGCUGGAGCUCCUGCAGGCCAUGCUGCUGGGCUUCAUCGAGAAGAUGGAUGCUCUCCUCAGGAGCGAGGAAAAGGACCCUCAGAAGGAGGGAUUCACUUGGGAUUUUUCCUCUUUUCUCUCGGCAAACUACGAAUGUUUGAAGGAGUUGCAUGUGGAAGAAGUCUGCAGCAUGCAGGCGAAACAGAAAGCGAAGCAAGGGGAAGUCGUGGACGGCCGGAGGGAUCCGAAGCUGCAGCUAUCGUUGCAUAUUCUGUGGAGCCUUCAUCAGUGGUGCAACGUCAGAGGAACCAAUCUGGAAGGAAAAGAGUGUAGAGAUAAAACCCUGUCAGCGCUGCUCGGGUUGCUGCAGGACCUCAUCGCAGAGCUUCGAGAUGACAGCAAGGCGAAGUCGGCUGCGUGUGAGGAGGCAGCCGAGCUUUCCGUUGGUGCCGUUUUCCACGAUGGGCAAUACGUUGAAGAUCGCAGGAUCUGCAGACUUCGACAGCUGUUUUCCCCUCGCGGCCCACGAAGGAAGAACUGGUGCUACCUGAGCCAGGAGGCGGCCCAGCUGGACCGAGAGAAUCCGGUUAAGACGUGGGACCACCUAAUCAUGCCUCUCAGCUUCCCUGGUCUCAAUUUUGAGCAGAUGUCGACGGAGCGCAGCCACACCGCCCCAGAGAAGACGACUUUCCGUAUCUACUACAGCCCCCCGUCGGCCCGCAGAGUCCAGCUGGCUCAGCUGAAGCAAAGCCCCGCUGCAGACCGGGCAUCUGUGGAAACCUCGUCUCCCUGGUGCACGCCGCCGACAUCCUUCUCUCAGCUCUGCCUGGGCUCCUCCGCUAACCUGAGCGACGACAUGAAGGAGAUGACGGCCGGCUGGAGGCAGACGCUUCACGCCGGCUCUCCGGAGAAGAAAGGGAGGCUAGCAGGCCGCUGGGUGGACGUAGCCUGCUCAGGUACGCAGACCCACACAAAGCCGCAGAUGGUGAGCGUUGGCCAGCAGACGGAUGAGACUCAGGGGGUGAGAAGCGGCUCCUCGCUGGUUUCUGCUCGCUCCCAGCACAUCUCCACCUCGCUGGACGGGUUAGCAGGUCGAAGGAGCUCCACUUCCUCCCCCAAACCGUUCCGCAGGCACUCCUCAUCUCCUUCCUCACCCCCCAGUUUGAGCUCAUCUUCGUCGUCCUCCGGCUCCAGAGAUCGAGGGUUGUGGCACCCGUCGCAGCAGAGCACAAACGGCCUCACCUGGACUCGGCAAACUGGUACCAGAUCAAACCCAGCCCAGAACCUGAGCCCCUCCAAGCUGCCCACCAGAUCUACCAGCGCAAACCGGUGCGGCUUGGUGACCGAGUUCCUGCGCCGGGUGAGCGGCCGGGCGGACAGAGCCUCUGCGGGCUCGGGUCAGAAGACGAAGAGCGGGCUGAAGAACCUGGAGCGGGCGCCGACCAGACCGCUGCAGAGGAACGACAGCGUGACCCGGAUCGUCAACCAGAGGUUCAUUAAGCAGAGAGAGAGGGAGGAGAAGGGAGGCAGCGUGAACCAGAGAGCCAGAAACAGUCAGAGCGCCGCCGCAACAGAGGAUGGAAACUACGACUGCAGUUCCAGCAGAACUCUGACCUUCUGCUUCGCUCGUCCGUCUCGUCAGAAUCAGAGGCCGACGUCCAUCCCGCCCAAACUCCAGCGACACAGAUACUCAGCGCCAGCGGGGCCUGCUGCAGACUCCAGCUGUGGCUGAGAAGACAGAAACAAUAUGGUGCUUUUUUAGAUUAGAACAUGCCAGAUAAGAACAAUGUAGGAGGGUUUUCAUAGUUGCUGUGCAGCCGUUUUAAAAGGCAAAAUCUGUUUUGUGUGGAGUGUCUAGGAGAGCUCUGAGCAAACUGUUGGUGCAAUCUUAAUGCUCAUCUCUUUUUAUAAGUGACUGUAUUUACUUAGCUUUUAAUUCAUUUUUGUAUUUUCUAAAUUCUAUUCAAUAAAUUUUUGUUC